AGCAUUGCCAUCAACUCUGAGCCCGGAAAGCCCGUCCUAAGCCAACACGCUAACUCUGCAGCCUCCCUGACGCCCCCAAACCACCAAAGGCGGCGACACCUGAUCCAGCGCACAAACACGGGUCCCUUCUGUCCCCGGAUACGAUUACGCGGCAGAGACACACAAACUCACACGCAGCAGCCAAGAAACGAGCAAUGAAGUCUUACACUUUGUAUCUCACGCUCCUGUGGAGUGCCGUCGGGAUAGCGAAGGCAGCCAAAAUCAUCAUCGUGCCGCCAAUUAUGUUUGAAAGCCAUAUGUACAUUUUCAAGACGCUAGCCUCGGCCUUGCAUGAGAGAGGCCACCACACAGUGUUCCUUCUCUCCGAAGGCAGAGACAUCUCUCCAUCUAAUCAUUACAGCCUCCAGCGCUACCCAGGGAUCUUUAACAGUACCACCUCAGACGCUUUCCUGCAGUCCAAGAUGCGAAAUAUUUUCUCCGGGAGAUUGACAGCAAUUGAACUGUUCGACAUACUGGAUCACUAUACUAAGAACUGUGAUAUGAUGGUUGGCAACCGUGCCCUAAUUCAGGGCCUGAAAAAGGAAAAGUUUGACCUGCUACUGGUGGACCCCAAUGACAUGUGUGGAUUUGUGAUAGCUCAUCUUUUAGGGGUUAAAUAUGCUGUAUUUUCAACUGGCCUUUGGUAUCCUGCUGAAGUAGGCGCUCCUGCUCCGUUAGCUUAUGUUCCAGAGUUUAACUCACUCCUCACAGACCACAUGAACUUGUUACAAAGGAUGAAAAAUACAGGCGUUUACCUCAUUUCCAGACUAGGAGUCAGCUUUCUGGUUCUUCCCAAAUAUGAAAGGAUAAUGCAGAAGUACAACCUCCAGCCGGAGAAGUCUAUGUAUGAUUUGGUUCAUGGGUCCAGCCUGUGGAUGCUGUGUACUGACGUAGCGCUGGAAUUUCCGAGACCCACCCUGCCUAAUGUUGUCUAUGUAGGAGGAAUCCUAACCAAACCAGCCAGCCCACUACCAGAAGAUCUGCAAAGGUGGGUAAACGGUGCUAAUGAACACGGCUUUGUCCUGGUGUCUUUCGGAGCUGGUGUCAAGUAUUUGUCAGAAGACAUUGCUAACAAACUGGCAGGAGCUCUGGCAAGAUUGCCUCAAAAAGUGAUUUGGAGGUUUUCUGGAACCAAACCAAAGAAUCUGGGAAACAACACUAAGCUUAUAGAAUGGUUACCACAAAAUGACCUACUAGGGCAUUCAAAUAUUAAAGCCUUCCUGAGCCAUGGUGGUUUGAACAGUAUUUUUGAAACUAUGUACCAUGGUGUACCUGUAGUGGGAAUCCCACUCUUUGGAGACCAUUAUGAUACCAUGACCCGGGUACAGGCAAAAGGCAUGGGGAUAUUGCUAGAAUGGAAGACAGUUACGGAAGGAGAGCUGUAUGAAGCACUGAUGAAAGUUAUUAAUAAUCCCAGCUACCGUCAGAGGGCCCAGAAGCUGUCGGAAAUUCACAAGGAUCAACCUGGUCACCCUGUCAAUCGGACUAUCUAUUGGAUAGAUUACAUUCUUCGUCACAAUGGAGCCCAUCACCUACGUGCCGCUGUUUAUCAAAUCUCUUUCUGUCAGUAUUUUUUACUGGAUAUUGCCUUUGUGCUUUUGCUUGGUGCUGCCUUGUUUUAUUUCCUCUUGUCCUGGGUGACAAAAUUUAUCUACAGAAAAAUCAAAAGUCUCUGGUCUAGAAAUAAGCAUAGCACAGUUAAUGGACAUUACCACAAUGGACUCCUCAAUGGGAAGUACAAGCGAAAUGGCCAUAUUAAGCAUGAAAAAAAGGUAAAAUGAGCCAACAGUCCAGGUGAUGCUAACAAAUCUGGUCAGUCACUGAAUUUUUAUCACUAUAAUUUAGCCUAACAACUACUAAAAGUAAUUUGUCAGUAAACAAUUCUAACAGUCCCUUAUCGGAUCUUACUAAUGAAAUUCUGUGGAAUUAAGACAGCUGUAAAAAGCACAAACCUAAAAUGCAAAAAUGUAUUUUAUCCAAGUACUGAUGCAGAGAGUUGUGGCACUGAACCUUUUAGAAGCCUUAAUUAUUUAAAUGAAUUAAGUGACCGAGUCCAACCUUAGUUUUAAAUCUUGCUAUGUGUGUGUCCCAGAUAAGGAAUGGUUUCUUUUGUCUUAGAUUUGUGUGUGUGUGUAGAGGUGUGUGUCUCCUAAUUAAGAGAACUUUAGCUGGGCUGCUUGUUAAAUUUGUUGAAGGUACAGCACAUUCAAGAAUGAAGUAGAAAGACAGGUUUCAAAAUGUUUCUCUUCUAGCGUUUAAUAUGCGUGAACUCAGAAGUCUACCAUGAAAGAACACUUUUCCCUCAAAACUGAAAGCUGAGGAAGAAAAUGAAAAGACAGACAGCAAGAUUUUUUGUACUUUUUGUUUAGUUUUUGUUUUGUUUUGUUUGUUUUGUUUUUAUUUGCCUUUUCUUACAGACUGUGGACAUUUCCGGAAGUGGGGGGAAGGCCCAUGCAAUUACGUAAAUGUAUAAAUUGGUUGUCACAUAUUACUUGUUUUCCAUCUACCAAUAAUUUUCCUCUGGAAGAAUUUUCUAGCUUUUUUUUUUUUUCAUGAGUGACAUUAUGUUAAAUGCAUAAUUCAGACAAAAGCAGCAAAGCUCUGACAUUUGUUCAAAGUACUGAAGAUUAUUGCUUGUACAGCAUUGUUCAACAGGGCAGUGUUUAUAUAAUUGAUGGCUUUUUUUAUAAUGUGAUUUUUGAAUGUUCAGGUGUUAUAUUUCCAAAGUUUUACUGAAAAAAAAAAAUCUUUGUCAUCUUUUUAUUGUCUGGGCCACACAAUCUGUAUAACAUAGUUGCCAACAUUUAAUUCUUUUAAAUGGAACAUUUGCAGUUCUCUAUAUAGGUACCUGCUGUGUCUUGAGGGGUCUGAGAUCUUGUUCACAAAUCAAACUUUACAUGAUAUACAGAAGUGACAGGAAAAAUUGUCCCAGUUGUUUGUGAAAAUGAGUUUCUUUUUUCCCUCCUCACUCCUUCAGUCCCACCUCAGCAGCCUUUUUCAGUCAUUGUGGCUGACAUGGAACAGUGACAGUAUUCAUUUGAGAAUAGGGAUGCAAGUCACAGACAUCAUAAAAUCAGGAUGUCCCCAUUGAACCGUUCACUGGUUGGCAACUGGAGUUUAUUCCAUGUCAUUCUGUUUACUUAGCAUUUGCACUACACGUGUUGAGUGUAUGCUUUAUUUAUUCGCAGUUUUGAAGUCCCAUGUCUGACAGCUAAGAGUAGAAAAGUACACCAUUUACCUAAUGUCAUUCACUAACAUGGGAAGUGUUGUGAAAAUUGUAGACUGCUGUAAAUCCUUGUCAUACACAGUGACAUAAAAGAUCAUUACACUCCCACCAGGAGCCACUCUCCUAUGCUUAGAAAUAAUGUCACGAGUAGUUUUCUAAUGUACAGUGCAGACAAACGUACUGCUCUCUGAAUACUUGAAGAAAUGGUAUUAUGCAUAUAAGCCUAUUAGUUAUACUUUUUCACAAUCUUAUUACAAUGUUGCAUUAAAUGGGAAAGAGCCACAGGCAAUGAGUGGUGGGAAGGUAACAGGACUUAGAGUGUAUGAAUGAGUUGAUUUUACUUUUUCGGAAUUGGAUGAAGUUGACAGUUCGCAGUGACUGGAUGAAUAAGCAGAAGUUAAUCUCCACUGUGAUAAAAAUUUAAACAAUAAACAUGAUUUAAAAUAGAGAAAUGUUGCAAUAAAAUUUUUAUUCAGAUUUUAUUUCACAAUAUUAGGUAUAUCCAUUAUAAACAUGUUUCUAAGGCAGGUCUCCCAAUUUUUAUAUGUGGAUUUGAGUGUGAAAACAAUGUAUUACAUGUGAGAAUGUUUUUUUCGUUAUUAAACAGAGGAACUUACAAGUACAUCAACAUGGGUAUUAAAACUCUGUCCCAGAAGAAUGUUAAGUGGAGGUACCUACUGAUCACUGUCGUUUUUUUCUAGUAAAGUUUAUUGUUAGCCAGUAUUGGUAAAUAGAAUGGUUUUUAAUUUUCCGCACUUGGGAUACAUUCUCUAAUAAAGUAAAGUUUUCAAGAAGGUUUUCUUUCAAGAAAGUCUUUUAUUUUUUUAGAAAGAGCUUCUGCAAAUAUUUUCAUAGCGGGCCAUCAUGUCAAACACAAAUGAAAAUUAAGACAUCAAUCUACUUUUCCUCUAGAGCAUUAACUUCUAAAUAUCCCUCCAAAUAGACACAGCGGCAGAAUUUGGAUGUCCAGGAUUAGAGGGGCUAGUGUUUGGGAGAAAGCAAGGUUUAUGAUCUUUGAGAAAUUGAAGAAAACUAGAGAUUCUCUCUUGAGAAUAUAGAAACUUUGUAUAUAACUUGGGGACAUUCUUAUGCUCCCAGGUCCUACACUGAUCAUCUUCUGGAAGGUCCCCUACAGUGCUUAAUAAAUUAGGCUUGGGAAUACUAUCCUCAAAGAAUCACCUCAACUUUUUCCAGCUGCAUAUUGACCACCCCGCCCCUAGAUUCUGAUACCUAACACCCCCACUGCAACCCCACUGCACUGGAAUCUCAGGGACUCUAAUUUUAAAACCCUAAUCACGUGGUCUGAUAUCUGCCCUUGCCCUCCUCCACCCCUGCUAGAACCACUGGUUGCAAGGCAAAGCAGAAGCCCAAUGUGUCAUCCUGGUGUCUUCCACCCAUUCCUGCUUCCACCAAGACUACAAAAAUACUUGUGUUCAGAUGACCUGUGGAUUCUGAUAGCCCGCCUCAGCGCCCUGCUUCUAGCUCUCCGUUAUAAUUAGGCCUAUUACAAAAAAUAAAAUAACCCGUUCACAUCGAGUUGAUUCCAGCUCAUAGCAAUCCUGUAAGACAGAGUAGACUUCCCCCAUAUGGUUUCCAAGGAGCAACUUGUGGGUUCGAACUGCCGACCUUUUGGUUCGCAGCCGAGCUCUUAACCACUGCGCCACCAGCACUCAUUAGACGUGGCAGUUAAACAUAGGGCAGAAAACAUGCAAUCAAAUUAGCAUGAAAGAAGUUCAAUUUGGUGUUGUGGUAAUAACUCUUGGACCAUUUUGCUUGCAAAUGUCAAGUGCCUUGUCUGAUACACAUCACUGCAGGGAAACCAGGCAAGCGUGUUUAUCCACCAGAAGUUAGUGACUG